AUGGUAGUGUCAACUUACUGCCAGAAGAUAAAGUUCCCCGUGGACGAUCAAGUGGGUGAGGUCAAAAGCAACCAACUAGCCGCUCAGCGCUGCUAUGUGGAGAUUGUUAAGACUGAGGUAAAAGUCGCUCGAAAGACUCCGCGGAUAGAGGUAAACGCUGUCACUGAGAAGCCUCCCACUCUGAUAUACGAAGUAAAGGAGGAGGUCCAAAUUCAUCCCAACCAAGCGGAGGCAACAAUCUUCAUCGCCACCGACCUGGAGGAGAAGAAAGCAGAGCUAGUCGCCUGCCUUAAACAAAAUCACGACGUAUUCGCCUGGUCGACCCAUGAGCUUCCUGACAUCUCCCUGAGUGUGGUUGAGCACAAGCUUCAUGUCCGACUGGACGCUCUGCCGGUGAAGCAAAGGAAAAGAGAUUUCAGCGCGGAGCACAACGUGAUCAUCCAUGCGGAGAUAGAGAAGCUACUAGAGGGCAACGGGCAAGUCGAAGUCAUCAAUCGGGAGAUCCUCAGAGUCUUACGCGCUAGGCUCGACCACAUGGGAGGUAGCUGGGUCGACGAGCUCCCCGGUGUGCUGUGGGCUCUUCGCACGACUCCGAAGGAGGCAAUCAGCGUAACCCCAUUCCAGUUGGUGUACGACAACGAAGUAGUUUUCCCCGUGGAGGUCAGAGUAGAAUCUGAUCAGGUGCAGCUUUACGACGAAAGGAACGCCGAACGGAGGCUGAUAGAGCUCGACUUGGUGGACGAAGCGCGGGCAAAGCUGCAGUUCAGCUAG